AAAUAGAGUCGUUUGGAGUGCUGUUUAUGACCUGAGCAUAUUAUAAAGAAGAGUUUAAUUGUUUAAUUUCAUUACUUUAAAGAGACGAUAUGGGUUUUUCGAGUUGGUUUCGGGAUCUUGGAGUUCCAUGGAAAGUUUCCAUUAGUGUUCUUGGUGGCGUCGUUGUAGUUUCAAGUGCCUAUGGCCUGUACAGAUGUUAUGUUCACCAAAAAGAACAACCACAAGAUAAGACAUCUCUCCGCGAUGAAACUGUGAGCGAAAUUUCCGAGAAAAAGGUGCUUGUGUUAGGAAUAGAGGGCAGCGGAAAAAGUACUUUCCUCGCUGCGUUGGCACAGCAUGACAGUCCAAUAACUUCCGCAGAACGAGAAGGCACAACUCCUACCGAAGGUUUUCAUGUUGUUUGCGUUUCAACCGAGGGAGUCAGCCUGAAUGUUUGGGAGAGUAAGUAUCGUGGUAUGCUUGACUAUAUAGGAGCUAAGCUGAAAACUUAUGACAGUAACAAAUUAUGAGGUCGUAUGUACAUAAAAGCCCUGUUUACUGGUGAAAUGCAAGCAUAAGCACCUCGCAUUAUGUGCUUGUGCUCUGUAUGCUUGCAUUGGGCUAUUGCAUUUUAGUAAAAUCCAACUAGUGGUCUGUUAUCAAUGCUGCAUUCUGAUUGGUUGAGCUACUACUAGGCUAUAUGUUAUAGCCCACUAGUAGCGAAAAGCAUGCACUUUUGGUGGCAAAAUGAAUGUUUGGGAGAGUAAGUACCGUGGUAUGCUUGACUAUAUAGAAGCCAAGCUGAAAACGUAUGACAUUAACCAAUUAUAAGGUCGUAUGUACAUAAAAGCCCUGUUUACUGAUGAAAUGCAAGCAUAAGCACCUUGCAUAAUGUGCUUGUGCUCUGUAUGCUUGCAUUGGGCUAUUGCAUUUUAGUAAAAUCCAACUUGUGGUCUAUUAUCAGUGCUGCAUUCUGAUUGGUUGAGCUACUACUAGGCUAUAUGUUAUAGCCUACUAGUAGCUAAAAGCAUGUGCUUUUGGCAGCAAAAACGGAUUAAAGUCUAGAUUAAAGUCUCGCCCUCAUGGCCCCUGAGUCAAUAGCCCAUUCAGCCUUCGGCCUCAUGGGCUAUUGACUCGGAGCCCAUUCGGGCUUGAGGAAUAAUUGUUAAAAAUAUUGGUACACUCCGUUUUAAGGGCUUAGCUUUUCUUCUUACCCCUGGGCAGGGUUGUUCGAGAGACGGGUUGAAUUAAGCCGUUAAGUCCCAAUGGUGACCAACAUCAAUUUUCUCCUAAUGAUAUCCAUACAUCAUCAAGAGAAAAAGUUAUGAGAAUUAAUAAAAUGAUCACCAAGAGAAAAUUCCUUGAUCUUUUAUCAAAUUCUCUCAACACCUUCUUUAAGAAAAUAUAUAGAGAUCAGUUUGGAGAAUUUGUAUGUGGAUAUUGGGGCUUAAAGGGUUAACCUCAGGCUAGGCCAAACCGGAGGUUAAAUUUGUUAUCUGCAGGUUUGUUAACUUGGGGUCAAAAUUGCGUUAUUCAAGGCGCAGUUAGAGGACCAGUUAGUUAACCUCGGGUUUUCUGCGACUAACUCACGGUUAGUAUCCCGUAAUACCUCUUGGUUUGUUUUCGCCCUAAAACGGCGUCGUUGGAGGAUCCCAUAAAAAAAUAAUUUAUUUCAGUGCCUCAGAAAUUGCUAUUUUAACUGAGAACAUGGAAGAAAACUUGCAUGUUUCACAAAGUAAGUCGACAAACAUUGUGACAAACCAACGGCAAAAAAAUUUCGACACCAACAACAGUGACACAAUGCUGUAGGAGUGGAGAAGAGGUAAGUGGCAAAGUCUGAGGGAAGUGGAAGAAUCUUCAUUUCUUGUGCAAAGUUUAUCGAAUUCACAAACUUUCAAACAGAAACAAAAUGAACUGGAGGAGGAUUGACCUGCUUAAAAACCUGUAGCGAGCUCUUAGUAAUCUUCAUUUGUAAAAUUUUUAAUUUUUAUCAUUUGUCUGAAAUAUCUGUGAGUCUUUUUUGUUGUCAUUUUAAUAGUCAGUAAAGCGUGACAACAAGGCAGCCAUUUUGUCAGUAGCCUGUGUGGCAGGCGUUUGAAAGGGAAGGGAAAGGGGGUUUUGGGCAUUUUGUCAGUUGUUUUCGCCACCCGACCUACUAAUUAUGAACUGUGAAUUGCUUUUAUUAUUUAGUCGCAUUUAACCUAAGGUUAGUUAUUUUCCCAACAAAUCUGAAGUGAAGGUACUAUUAAAAAAAGUAUAAAUGCAGGGAAGGAAAUUAAACCCGCUGUUAAACCCCCUUUCAAACGUUUGAGCUAACUUUUGUUUGAAUUGCAACAUUUAACCUAAGGUUAGUUAUUUAACCUACCUAGCUAGCAGGGUUAAAUUAAACCCGCUGUUAAACCCAAGGUUUGAGCUAACUGGUGUUUGAACAACACAACAAUCCUGCGAUUAAAAUUUAACCUUGGUUUAAGCCAAUUUAACCCGAGGUUAGUAUUUAACCCGCUAUCGAACAAUCGGGCCCUGAAGCUUAAAUAAAAUUGCAUUCAACCCUGAAGACUUCCAUAAAAUAUGGGUGUACCCCCGGAAGAUUAUGGGUGAUGAGGUCCCAUAUGGGUGAGGUGUCAAAGUCUUAAAUUGAUAAGCUGCUCUGAGAAGUUUGGGAUUAAUAUUUUUAUUCUUUUUUUUCUUCCAGUUGGAGGGAAAUUUCAGUCUUACUGGCCUAAUUUUGUCAAUGAUACCAGUGUUAUUGUUUAUGCCAUUGAUAGUAGUGAUCCUGCACUAUUUGACAAAUCAAAGCAUGCCUUGUUAGAGAUCUUGUCAGAUGUGAAACUCAAGGGAGUGCCUCUGGUUCUACUUAUUUGCAAGCAAGAUCUUAAAGAAGCAAGACCAGUGCAAGAAGUUGUGAAAUUCUUGGGAGUUGAGACACUGUCUUCAGACAGGCAAAUUGGAGUGGCUGCUUUUCAAAUACUUGCCAAUGGAGAAGUCAGUGGCCUACAAGAAGCCAAGCAUCUGAUCUUAAACUUUUGUAAAUAAUAAUAUUUAUUUAUUAAUAGUAGAUUUUGUAUCUUUUUUUUCUUUUUUCUGUAUUAUUUUCACUCACAACAUUUUUAUUUUUUCAGCAAAUGUUAAUUUCAUUUAAACCAACCUACAUGUAAGUUAUUCCCAACAUGUUACAAAGACAAGGAGGCAUUUAUGAUAUGUUAACAACAAUAUAACUUAAUUUGGUUGAUACCUGAAAAAGGGCUUAAGGUACCUUAUGACUUUGUAAGUAAGCAGUUUGAAUGUUUUAUAAGAACAAAAUAUGUAAGGAUAUUUACUUAAGUAAUUUGGACCUGAC